AUGAGUUCGCCGAGAUAUAGACGUGUUGAGGUUCAAAAUCCCGAGGAUGAGUUGGAGGAUGCGUUUGGGAAUGAAUCUGAUCAAGAUAAUGUUGAUGACGAUGACAACGAUAAUAACAACGUCUUAUUCGAUACGCAAUCACACGGCCAUUCUAUUUCAAAUAGAGACGAUGAUUACGCUGAUAUUCCCCCACCUGGCUCUCCCACUGAUCAUCCUUCUAUCAUAAAACGAACAAACGCUCCUUAUAGCGCUUAUCAGAUUAAUAGAGACCAUUCACCCGUUGGGGCUGGUAUCAAUAACGAUGGCGUUUUCGCUAAUAUUACCGCCAAGCCUGGCUCUGAUGGUAGACUUGUUCCUCGUCAAAACCCCGAUGGCUCUGGCGUUGAAUACGUACGUGAGGAAUCCACCGACAAAGAGGACGCUCCCCCUUCAUACAAUUUAGCCGCUUUAGAUUCUACUCCUCCUUAUUGGGAUACUACUGUCGUCGCUCCAGCCAACCCUUUCGAUACAGACGAUUUGAUUGUUGAUGGUUUGCCUGUUGGUAUCUUCUUCAGCUUCGCGUGGAAUUUACUUAUUAGCAUGUCUUUCCAUUUUGUUGGAUUUCUCCUCACUUACCUAUUACACACCACUCACGCAGCUAGACAUGGUAGUAGAGCUGGCUUGGGUAUCACUUUCAUUCAAUAUGGCUUCUAUUUACGCGCAAAACCCAUUGAACCUCCUAUUGAUCAACCAAAUGAUGAUAACGCUGUACCAACCGGUUUCUUUGGUCAAGCGAUGGGUAUUCCAUUUGGUAUGGUCAACCAAACUGAUGGCGAACAACCUCCACCACCUCCACCCGGAGAUGAGAACGAUCCUCAACAAUUACCUCCUCCUCAAGAUCUACCGCCCAUCGAUUUAGAUGCCCUGGGUGCUGCUAAUGAUUGGUUAAGCUUCUUACUAAUGGCAGUUGGAUGGUUCAUACUCAUGAUAUCAGUCCUGAGUUAUUGGAGGGUAGCUAAAUGGGCUGCCAGUGUUAGACAAGGUCAAAGAGAGGCAAACGCCAAUAUAAAUCCUGAAGAAGCUUAUCCAGGCGCUGCUGCUGCACGUUCAUCUGGACAGGAAGAAGCUCAAGCUGGAAAUAACGAUGGAAAUAACGAUGAAUCAAACUCAUCAUCCAACAUACGAAUGCAAAGAUGGAAUAGGUUCACUGAUGCUUUGACAAGGCCUUUUGAAAGAAUUCAAAGCGCUGCAACAUCUGGUUUGACGAGAAUGUCUUUCAGAAAUCGGCAAUACGAACAGACUUCAUCACACGAACUAGAAUAA